AUGAACGUGACCUGGGUUAUGGGCUUCCCCGAUGGUGAAGAGCAGGGUACCUACCUUGCCCUUGACAUGGGCGGCACCAACCUGCGUGUUUGCGAGAUCACCCUGACCGACAAGAAGGGUGCCUUUGAUAUCACCCAGUCUAAAUACAAGAUGCCGGAGGAGCUCCGAACCGGUACCGCCGAGGAGAUGUGGGAGUACAUCGCCGACUGCUUGCAGCAGUUCAUUGAGUUCCACCACGAGAACGAGGACUUGGCCAAGCUACCCCUCGGUUUCACCUUCUCCUACCCCGCCACUCAGGAUUACAUCGACCACGGUGUUCUUCAGCGCUGGACCAAGGGCUUCGAUAUUGACGGUGUCGAGGGCGAGGAUGUUGUUCCUCCUCUGGAGGCCAUUCUGAAGAAGCGGGGCCUGCCCAUUAAAGUUGCUGCUCUCAUCAACGAUACCACCGGUACCCUUAUCGCCUCUUCCUACACCGACCCUGAUAUGAAGAUCGGCUGCAUUUUCGGCACUGGUGUCAACGCCGCAUACAUGGAAAACGUCGGCUCUGUGCCCAAGAUUGCUCACCUGAACCUCCCUGCUGAUAUGCCUAUUGCUAUCAAUUGUGAAUACGGCGCCUUCGACAACGAACGCGUGGUUCUCCCCCUCACCAAGUUUGAUGAGAUCAUUGACCGGGACUCGCCCCGCCCCGGCCAGCAGGCCUUCGAGAAGAUGACCGCCGGUCUGUACCUGGGUGAGAUCUUCCGUCUGGCUCUCAAGGACCUCAUCGAGAGCCACCCUGGCACUAUCUUCAACGGCCAGAAUACCGACAAGCUGAACAAGCCCUACCUGCUGGACGCCUCCUUCCUCGCUGCCAUCGAGGAGGACCCCUACGAGAACCUGUCUGAGACCUUCGACAAGUUCCAUAGCGAGCUCGGUAUCCGUCCCACCCGGCCUGAGCUGGAGAUGAUUCGUCGUCUGGCCGAGCUGAUCGGUACCCGUGCCGCUCGUCUCUCUGCCUGCGGUGUCGCAGCCAUCUGCACCAAGAAGAAGAUCGAGUCCUGCCACGUCGGUGCCGACGGCUCCGUCUUCACCAAGUAUCCCCACUUCAAGGCCCGUGGUGCCCAGGCUCUGCGCGAGAUCCUCGACUGGGCUCCUAACGAGAAGGAUAAGGUUGACAUCAUGGCCGCUGAGGAUGGUUCCGGUGUUGGUGCUGCUUUGAUUGCUGCUCUGACUUUGAAGCGCAUCAAGGCUGGUAACCUGGCUGGUAUCCGUAACAUGGAGGACAUGAAGACCCUUCUCUAG